AUGUCUACCUCCGCUACUGCUCCUGUUCCCGCUAGCUCUGCCCAAUGCAGCUGCUCCAACAAGACUGACGGUCAGACUUGCGGAUGCCAGCAAGCCGGCGAAUGUCAAUGCUCCCCCGACUCGUGCAACUGCGCUAGCUGCCCUACUCACAAGGGAUCCAACGCUUGCGGAGGUAAAGACGGAUGCACCUGCAAAGCUGGGGACUGCAACUGCGAAGACUGCCCCAAGUCGAACAGCAACAAGACAAAGACCGUGUGCAACUGCGGUGGAGAUGAAGGCGUUUGCAAGUGCGAGAAGGGCAACUGCGCCUGUGCCAAUUGUCCCAAGUAG